AUGAUCGGGGACGAGGCCUUCAUUGGAACACUGCAAACGAUAUCAAACGAAUCUACCAUGCGUCAAAUAGACGGAAAUACCGAGCUCGAAUCAGCGACGAGAUCAUUAAAGAUCAGUGCUCCUGAACGAAUUGCGAUCGAGUCCUGGGCUAGCGAGAUCUCGGCGUCCUGCCUGACAGAUUUGAAGCUGCAUAGCGGCCACGGAGCCAUCCGACUCGACGCCAAGUCCGUCUAUAUGAAGGGUCUGAAGACAGCGAUGCCAGUGCAAGGACAUUCGUCCAGAGAACAGCAACAACAGCAGCAGCAACAGCACUCCGGUAGAUCAUCAUCACCUCAUCAGAGCCAGAGGGAGACUACCAUCUAUCAGCUGUGUGCCUGUGCAAGUGGCAAGCUCUUUCUCGCCAGGCCGGAGGCCAGUUGUCAGGCGGACAAAUCGAUUUGCUAA